GAAGUUAAUAUAGUUUUUCGUUCCGACUUUAUUUUGAUUGAAAAGUCUUCCAAGAAAUAUGACUCAGACUGAGCAAAACACGACACAUGUUUCCUCAUGCCAAAACAGGUUUCCAAAUAUUCAUGCGGCAGGUAAACACCUACCCACAGAUGAUGAGGUAAAAACUUGCCUGCAGAUGAUACCAAGGCCCGCCACUCCACCAGCGAUCAAGAAGUUCCUGAACACCACGCGCCCAGAGGUUGGGGCAACCCGAGUGUUUUACGGGAAAGCUGGUGACCCUGACAUCGCCAGCGCCCUGCGCCAUGGUGUGAGGACCAAGGCCUCUGUAAACGGAGGGUUAGUAAUUAACCCGAAACCAAAAACCGUCUGUCAGCACAGACUCCAACAGCUACAGGAAGCUAGCUAUUUCAGCAACAGCAGUGCUCCCCUUGGGCGAUCACAUGAUCAGCGCUCCACACUGCCACAGGGACUGGACCCGAGUACAACUGCAUUUGGUGUGAAGUCCACUCAGUCUGUUAAAGCUGCGGUCAUUAUUAACCCCUUGAAGACUCCAGAGCAGGUGAAAAAAGAGAGUGAGGAAGGUCACCAGUUGUACAUCAGGUCUCAUCAUGCAUACAGUGUGGGUGAACGUAUCAGCAGGAAUUAUAACUGGAGCCAUGUUAGGGGCGACUGCCGCUUUGGACUCUCCACCCCCCACUACAACGAUGGACGGAGAGUCGCCAAGAGUCUCUGCUGGCUGCAGCAUGAGGGGAAGUUAAUUUCGGUGCGAUAUGAUGACUUCAGGAAGAGGACUCAGCCACAGACCAGGAAGGUGCAUGACCCAAUUGCAGAAACACUGAUUGUUCCAGAAAAUCACACAUUCGGGAUUCUGUCAUCUUCUGAUAAAUUUGGUGUUGGUGACAUCUUAUACCAAGGGCUCCCUGAGGGGGGUCUGCGAGGGACAAACAAACGUCGAUCCCUUGUCAUUGCUGUCCGUCAACACCUGAAGAGGGACAGAUUCCACAGCUUUACUCCUCUGCUGCAGGCAUUUAAACACUUUGACAAGAAUGGCGAGGGGUUCAUCAAUAAAGGAGAUCUGCAGGAUGCCUGUGGCAUGUUUAACCUGGACCUCAGCAGCCCUGCGCUUGAUGCUCUGAUGGAGAUCUGUGGCAAAAACGAAGGCGGUCAGAUAGACUUCCUGGAAUUUUUUAAUCUUCUCAACUGGAGGGAUAACUUGGCGGUCAAGGAAUCGGAAGAGCAGAUUCUCACUGGAGAACAGCCACGCAGAACUGCCCAUGCGGAUUCGCAUAGCGACCGACCCCAGAGAGCCAGGACAGCAGCAGCAUCAGGGGCCUGGACCAGGCAUGAGGACUUGGAGCAAACCCACGUGGACGGUACCCUGAGGACACCUGGAGUCCGGACCAGAACCGCGCCCAGCCGCCCGGCCCAGAACCGUGCUCAGCCGGCAGGCCCAGAACCGUGCCCAGCCGGCAGGCCCAGAACCGUGCCCAGCCGCAGCAUGGCCUCCUCCUCGAUGAUGCACGCUGUUGUGGGCGGUCCCAUCUGUGAUAAUGCCCGUACAUAUGGAGUCCCUACCGUCCGCACCGACUUGGCUGCCCCGCGAUUGAAACGUGUCGGCGACAGGACAAACUACGGAGAUGCGUCAACAGCACAUGAGCUGCUUCACCCCACAAUCUACUCCCAGAAAGGCAUCCCUGAGGAGGUCCUGUUCACCCCCCGGACCAAAGAUGAGAUCUCACAGAUAUUCAGGAAUUUGGGUGUUGACAUCAGUGAAGCAGUGUUUGAAGAGGCAUGGAAGCUGGCCUCAAUGACACACCCUGGGGGCAAAGUUUGUGUGGAGGUCUUCAGAAAUGUCCUAAAGGAGAUACAAGCAUAUUAAAUAUAUGUACAGUAGAUUGUAUAUUAAAUGUUGUAUUGAUUUAAAAAAUGAUAAAAGUUUAAAUUAGUAUGACAUUUAAGAUAUUAAUUCCAGCUCAUUUUCAUUGGUUUAUUGGUCAAAUUCGUCUCCUGCAAUUUAUAUGAAGAUUGAUUGGUGUGAUGGAAGGUGAACUGGAGAUGCUUGAAUAAGCAUCCAUUUCCAUACAUACCUAUGUAGCACAGAGUUGACCUGAUCUAUGAGGCAAACGCCACAAGGCAGGGGACACUCUGGACCCAUGUUACAUGCAUACACAGUCACAUAUUAAGAGAGGUUUAGAGGUACCACCAACUAUCAUUUGGAGAGUAAGUGCCCACAAACUGGGAAGACGUAGAACUCCAGAAAGAGAGGGAAGACGUAGAACUCCACAAACAGGGAAGACGUAGAACUCCACAAACUGGGAAGACGUAGAACUCCACAAACACAGGGAAGACGUAGAACUCCACAAACAGGGACGACGUAGAACUCCACAAACAGGGAAGACAUAGAACUCCACAAGCAGGAAUGACGUAGAACUCCACAAACACAAGGAAGAUGUUGAACUCCACAAACAGGGAACACGUAGAACUCCACAAACAAAGGGAAGAUGUAGAACUCAAGAAACAGGGACGACGUAGAACUCCACAAACAGGGAAGACAUAGAACUCCACAAGCAGGAAUGACGUAGAACUCCACAAACACAAGGAAGAUGUUGAACUCCACAAACAGGGAACACGUAGAACUCCACAAACAAAGGGAAGAUGUAGAACUCAAGAAACAGGGAAGACGUAGAACUCCACAAACACAGGGAAGAUGUAGAACCCCACAAACACAGGGAAGACGCAGAACUCCACAAACAGGGAAGAUGUUGAACUCCACAAACGCAGGGAAGACGUAGAACUCAACAAACAGGGAAGACAUAGAACCCCACAAACACAAGGAAGACGCAGAACUCCACAAACAGGGAAGAUGUAGAACCUCACAAACACAGGGAAGACGCAGAAGUCCACAAACAGGGAAGAUGCAGGACCUCACAAACACAGGGAAGAUGCAGAACUCAACAAACAGGGAAGAUGUAGAACCCCACAAACACAGGGAAGACAUAUAACUCCACCGACACAAAUAGCCAGGAGCAGCAGUCAGACUUGUAAUUCUUGAAGAAAUUAUAGCAAUAAAAUCCAUUUGUUUUUAAUUUCUAAAGAAGCAAAGUAGAAAGUAUAAACAGUAAUAAAGGAAAUAGGUACAUAAAAAAUGGAAAAAUCCAUCAUUUGAUUUACAGAAGAGAUUAUAUGAGCUGAAAGCGACCUGUGGUUGUUAUAUUUGCAAGUCUUUUCAUGUUGAUGUUGUGGAGAAUAUGUAGCUUCUAAGCUCAGUGUAGAUUAAUAUUAAAGUUUAAUUAACUUCUAAGUUAAUUAUACAUUGUCUUAAAACCUCGAUAUAACUCUUUAAGCACUGAGCAACUCUACUAACUGUACUAUAUAAUCAUUUUGUUCUUAUUUCUGGAACUAAAGCAGUCA